AAUGAAGACGACUGAAAAACUGACUAAUGAGAAAAGAAAAGAAAUUGAAAACUUCUGGAAAGGUCGACUGCUGAAUCAUCAUAAAAGUAGUCAAGCAAACAAUGCAAAUGAGAAAUUCUACGUUCUUUCAAUGUUUCCAUAUCCAAGUGGUAACCUUCACAUGGGUCAUGUUAGAGUUUAUGCAAUUAGUGAUACUAUGGCAAGAUUUUAUAGAUUAAAUGGUAAGCACGUUAUCCAUCCAAUGGGAUGGGAUGCCUUCGGUCUGCCUGCUGAGAAUGCAGCCAUUGAAAGGGGUAAAGUUCCUCACAAAUGGACAAAAGCUAAUAUACAAUCUAUGAAACGUCAAAUGGAAUCGUUAUGUUGUAGUUUUGAUUGGGAUAGAGAAUUUACAACUUGUCAUCCAGACUAUUAUAAAUGGACUCAAUUCCUAUUCUUAGAAUUAUACAAAAGAGGUUUAGUCUAUAGGAAAAAGGCCAAAGUCCAUUGGGAUCCAGUUGAUAAGACUGUAUUAGCCGAUGAACAAAUUGACGAAGAAGGAAGAUCAUGGAGAUCUGGGGCUUUAGCCGAAAUUAAAUAUCUGGAGCAGUGGUAUAUAAAAACAACAGCAUUUGCAAAAAACUUACUCGAUGGUUUGGACGAAGUUGAUUCAGGUUUAUGGAGGGAUAUUGUUGAUUUACAAAAGCAUUGGAUUGGUCAGAUUGAAGGUGUAAAAUUUGAUUUUAGAGUUCAGAAAAAUGAUGAGAAAUUAGAUGUUUUAUCAUUAUUUUCAAAAACUCCUGAAUUCAUCUACGGAGCUUCUCAUAUUCUUGUAAAGCCUGAACACUAUUUAGCUCUUUACGAUCAAGCUACUGAUGGUAGACUCGAAGGGAUCACUGCAUUAAAUCCAUUUAAUGGGAAUAAAUUACCAAUAUUUGUGGAAAAAUCUGCUGAAUAUUUCCACGAACAAUUGGACUCCCACUUAGCUAUACCAGAUGGCAAUCAUUUAGACGAAAAAUAUGCUGAAAAACACCACCUUUGCUAUACUAAAGUUAGAAGUACACAUGAUCCCAAUAUACUAACAAAUUCUGGUCAUUUCGAGGGACUACAUAGGAAAUCUGCUUUUCAAGCCAUAUCCGAGUAUGCUAAACAUAUUAAUGCUGGAGGUCAAAUGACAAGUGCCAAAUUAAGAGAUUGGUUAAUUUCAAGGCAGAGAUACUGGGGAACACCCAUUCCAAUUAUUCAUUGCCCCAAACAAGGGCCUGUCCCUGUUCCUUACGAAGAGUUGCCUGUAAAAUUACCAGAGGUGGAAAAUUUUGCUGGCAGAAGUGCCGCCUCUCUACUAAACAAUGCAGAUUGGCUCAAAGCAAGAUGCUCAAAUUGUACUUGUGAAGAAGGAGGAAAACGUGAAACCGAUACCAUGGAUACUUUUGUAGACUCUUCAUGGUAUUUUUUACGUUUCUUAGAUCCGAAAAAUAGUUUCCAACCAUUUUCGAAAGAUAAAGUUAUGGCAGGAAUGCCGGUUGACCUAUACAUUGGUGGUAAAGAGCAUGCUACACUUCAUCUUUAUUAUGCAAGAUUUUUUACUCAUUUCUUAUGUUCUCUUGGAAUUUUGCCUCAUCCCGAGCCAUUUUUAAAUAUAUUAUCUCAAGGAAUGGUUAUGGGACAGACCUUUAAGGUUGAGGAAACGGGUAAAUAUUUAAGAAGCGACGAGAUUGAAUUUAUUGAAAACAAGAAAAACGCCAUUGAAAAAUCAACUGGAAAGCCAGUCGAAAUUAAAUGGGAAAAAAUGUCAAAAUCCAAACAUAACGGAGCCGAUCCUCAAGUGAUAAUCGACGAAUUUGGAGCGGAUGCAACGAGAUUAUGUAUACUUGCUAACGUUGCUCCAAAAUCGCAUAGACAUUGGAAUUUAGACGUUAUGAAAGGUAUCUUACAUUGGCAACAACGAAUUUGGCGCUUGAUUGGAGACUACUUGAAAGUAAAACAUCAAGGAAACAUAAAAAUAGAUGAAGCAGAAUUAUUAAAAUUUAAUUUAGAUAUUGAUCAUAAGAGAAAUCACAUUGUUAAAGAGGUUACUUUUCACAUGGGAAAAACUUUUCUCCUUAAUACUGCAUUAUCCAGACUUCAAGAAUUUACCAGUUUUCUUAAGAAAUGUCCUGAGGGUGUUAUAGCUAACAGUUCAAAUUUUGAAAGAGCCUUAAAGGAUCUAAUCGUUAUGCUUUCACCAUUUUCUCCUUGUUUCUCUUCAGAACUAUACUGUGGUUUUAGAAAUCGAGGUGAUGUUAAUGUUUUCGACGAAACAUGGCCGCCAGUUGAUAAUAAUUACGAACUACCGUUAAUUGUUAAGGUAAAUAGUAAAGAAGUAUGUAGAAUACCUGUACAAAAAGACAGAAUAGAUGAUUUAAAUGUGGAAGAGUGCUAUUCAUUCGCUACAAAAAAUGCUGAAUAUCAGAAAAAGAUGAAAAAUAGAGAAAUUUUUGAUAUUAAAUUAACAAAGAACUUUGGUUACAACAUAGAAAUUAAUAUAUUUGUCAAAAAACCUAAAAAUAUAAAAAAUAACGAAGAAACUUAA